GUUGCAUUCAAAUCCUCUGCAACCUCAACCAUGUCCGACCCACCACGAAAACGCCAAAGAACGGCCAGAGCCUGUACCAAAUGCCGCCAAGGCAAGCUGAAGUGUGAUGGAGAGCUGCCCUCUUGUUCGACAUGUCUCUCAUCCAGGAAGACAUGUUCAUACGAAGCGCCGCAGAAGAGGCGAGGCCUCAGAAGCGGAUAU